UAGCCUUUAGCGUUGUGAAAUUUGGCGACAUACGUUAUCGUUUGGUCUAAAUCAUGACGAGGCAAAGAGACCUUUACAAAGUGCUGGGAGUCUCUCCUAAAGCAAGCCAGCAGGAGAUUCGCAAUGCGUACAAACGAGAGUCGCUGAAGUCACACCCCGAUAGAGUGCCGGCCGACUCUCCUGAGAGACCGGCCCGGACUCGUAGGUUCCAGGAAAUCAACGAUGCGUAUUAUACCUUAUCGGAUCUAUCACGUCGGCGCGAGUACGAUGCGACACGAUUAGCAGACGAAGUAGACGAAGGAUAUGACAUGCCUCAAGGAGGUGCUGGUGGUUUCCCAUGGUCCACUUUCGGUUUCGGCUCGACUACUGAUAGAGAGCAACGGGCAUCGGAGCAAUUUGGCUCCGUAUUUGAAGAGAUGCUGCGCGAAGAAGGGCUUGCGAGCGAUGGCACCGAUGCGGACGGUCGCACACAAGCCCGCCCUACGUCACGCUUCUGGUCUAUUGUCGGGGGUGUCAGUGGUGGCGCACUGGGCUUCAUCAUCGGUAAUGCUCCUGGGGCGCUUGCUGGAGCCGUUGCUGGUAAUCGUCUAGGAGCGGUACGAGACGCGAAAGGAAAGAGUGUUUACGAGGUCUUUUUAGAGCUGCCUCAAACCGACCGUGCUCGGCUAUUGAGUGAACUAGCUGCCAAAGUAUUCCAGACUACAAUGGGUCAUUGAGAGUCCCGCAGUAUUGGUCAUUUAUGCCUAAGUACAGCAGCUCUGUGCGCUCAUGAUCUUUGUCCAUACUUUCAUGCUGUUGGUGUGGGACACCAGUCUUGUGGGUCGUCCUAUCUUUAAUGAUCCUUUCUAUAGUUUUUGUUCAUUAUACUGCCAUCUCUGCAAAUAGUAAUCCGAUACAGUCCUUCUCAGAGAUGGUGCUCAUCUACAUGAAUGGGCUAAUAAUCUACAGUAUGUCUGUCA